UUCAGUCAUCAAUGGAAGUUCGAGGACAUCACCAUUUUCCGCCAUUACCAAUCUCCUACAACUUCUCCCAUCCACAACCCCACCUCCAUUUCCCACCCUUUUUCAUCCCCCCCCAUCUCCAUCUUCCCCAAUCCGUCAUUGUCUUACUUCUCAUUCCUUCUGAUCAUCAAACACUCCACAAACCUUUUCUCCACUGUUCCGGCACCGAGGAAGCAGGUUUUCCACCACCUCCUUCCUCUUCCGCCAUGGCUUCCUUUCCUCCUCCCGCUUCCCUUUUCGUAAUUAUCCUCUUCGCCGUUCCCUUCUUAGUUGAAUCCCAGCUUUCUCUUGACUAUUACCAGAAAACUUGCCCCGAUUUUGCUAAGAUCGUCCAUGAAACCGUCUCUAAGAAGCUUGCUACUAGCCCAACCGCCGCCGCCGCCACCAUGCGUCUCUUGAGCAACGAUUGCUUAGUGGGAGGCUGUGAUGGCUCUCUUCUCAUUGCCUCAAACGCCUUCAACCACGCCGAACGCGAUGCGGAAAUCAACCUCUCUCUUCCAGGAGACGCAUUCGAUGUCGUCGCUCGAACGAAGGUCACUUUAGAGCUUUCCUGCCCAGGGAUCGUCUCUUGCUCCGACGUAUUAGCACAAGCGACUCGCGAUCUCAUCGCGAUUACAGGCGGACCGUCGUACAAUGUUCCAUUAGGGCGAGAAGAUAGUUUGGUAUCAAAAUCAUCCGAAGUAGAAGGAAACAUUCCGAAGAUGAAUCAAACAAUUGACGAGUUGAUCAAACUAUACACAGCGAAAGGAUUCACAAUUCAAGAAAUGGUAGCGUUAUACGGUGGAAGAACAAUCGGAUUCUCAAAUUGCAAGGAGUUCGGAGACCGAAUCUUCAAAUUCAGUAAAUCAACACCAACAGAUCCAGAGAUCCAUCCGAAGUUCGCAGAGGCUUUGAAGAAGAGCUGUGAAGGAUAUGAGAAGAAUCCAGGAAUGUCAGCGUACAGCGACGUCGUAACGCCGGGGAAAUUCGACAAUGUGUACUUCCAGAAUCUGUUGAAAGGACUGGGAUUAUCGGCGUCGGAACAUGCGAUGGUGAAGGACGCAAGGACGAGGAAAUUUGUGGAGAUGUACGCCGGAAACCAAGCGUUGUUCUUCAAGGAUUUCAGUAGCGCCAUGGAGAAGUUGAGUGUUCGUGAAGUGAAAACUGGUGGGAAAGGAGAAGUGAGGAGGAAAUGCGAUGUGUUCAAUUCAAUUCAAACUUGAAAUAAAACGUCAACAAGUUUUUCCAAAUUGUAACGGCGUCGUUUUGGGACAUCAUAAAUAAUUUACUUAAUGCCGUGAUUUAAAGGAGGAAUUUUCUGACCUCUCUUUUUUGUAAAAUUGAAUUGGAAAAAAGUGAGUUAGAGUUUAUUGAUGGAGUGCAAUUGUAUUUGACACCAUGAAUUAUUAUUUGGUGUUUUUCUUCUUUUUUUUUCGAGCAUGAAAUUAUAAUAUGCCCUCUCGUACUUAUAUUUCAA